GAGUAUAAGGGUAUUAUAGUCACUUUCACUUACUAACCUUGAUUUUUACCGGGUUAUAGAGAGUAACUUUAUCAUUUAAUCAUAUACAGUGUUUAAUUAUAUAGAUUAUUAUAAUUACUCACAAAAAAAAAUUGAAAAAUCAUGUAAUAUGUGAACUUUAUAACAAAUUAAAUAAUAACUCAACUACUUUAUUAUCAAAUCAUUGUAACUUCUUUGUACCUUUUUUUUUUUUUACAAUCUUCUUUGUAUCUUGGUUUCUUCUUUUUUACACCCACCUAAGUAACGAAGGGACUUACUCCACAAUUAUCCAUAAAUAAAAAGAAAAAAAAAAAAAAAAAAACAUCAUCCUCGACUUCUCAAGACCUCAACGCCAUAUUCGUUCUCCAAAACCCGCGAAAUGGUGAAUUUUUUUUGGCUCCAAUAUUUUUCUACUAUGAAUCAGCAGUUACUCCACGAUCCAGUUGUUGAUCUCACUAUACAGCACACUCAUCUUCUUAAUCGGUUAUAUACCUUCUUCAUUUCUACUCAGGUGAGAGUUAAUGAAGAGUAUGGGUAUCUGUUUCGUAAUCAAUUAGUUGCUUUGCUCUCUACUCACACGGCUUCCUUUGCUUUUAUCAUUGGCUAGUGGGGUUUGAUGCCACCGAAUAAUUUUUUGUUUUCUGAAUUCUAUUUGUAAGUCACUGUUGCCCCUUUUAUCUCUCAAGUGAAUUUAAUCUUUAUAACUGGUUAAAUUGAUGUUGGAUUUGAUUUUAGAUGUAAUAUAUUCUAGGUUGUAUUAAUUUUAAUUGUUUGAUUUAAUUACUAAGAACUUUCUAAUUUCUGGUUGUUGUGGUUGUUAUGCUUUUGCUAAGGAGCCUCUAUAUGACUACAAUUGGUUGAUGAUACAGAUAAUUUUGGUAGUUUUUUCUUUUUUUUGGGUAAAGAUUCUGGAUAUAAAUCUCAAUUAGUUUUAUACAAGAUACUCGUAUAUGAUAUGCAUCUUGGUAGUGAAAAUGGAGGUGAAAUUAGCUUUACUGGAGAAAUUUUUAAUUGUUGAGUUGUAUAUUUUUCCAUCUGUUGUCUAGAUCUGUCAAGGUGCAUGUUCUUGAUGAAAAUAUGCUGACAAAUUCUCAUUUUAGUGUAUGAAGGUUAUCACUAUGUGGCCAAUAAGAUAGCUGCCUUACAAGGCCAACUUGAUAUAAAUAACAUUGUAAAUAGUUUGUACACGUUUCAAACAACUCCUCUACUUGUUAACAUGGUAAAUUGAAUAAUUUAAAUAAGGCAUCAAGUAAGUAAUCUAUAAUAGUUACUCCCAAUAUCGUCUUUACUCUAUUAUUGUCUUGCUUUUAUAGAUUCAAAACCAUCUUGUUAUCUAUAAGAUUCAGAAAAAAAAUUCAAAAAAUUCCAAAUGAUUCAGGACUAUUUUUGCUGUUUCUGGUGUGUUUUAAGCGGCAUUUAGAGAUUUUGCUACUUUCUAAUCCCCAUUGCAUCUUAGUUCUUUUAGUCUGGUGGUUUGGUUAAAACAUGAUACUGUGCUUGUGUUGUUUUUCUCUCUAUAGAUAAUCUUGCUAUAUUCCAGUCUUUACUCUUCAGAUCUUGCGUGUCUUUCCUUAUUAACCAGAAUAUAUAUAAUUACCGCUUUGUUAUUGCUUUUUUAUUUUGUACAAGCUUGCUUUUAUGAUAGCUCAUAUAUGGUUAUUUUUCUUCUGUUUCAUUGAUUUAUUUUCACAUUUUAUUAGCUCCAAGUAUGACAAAGAAAAAAACCAGUAUAAGAGGUUCUGGUGAUCAACAUCUUGAAAUUCAUGAACCAAGAAUUACAGAAUAUGAGAGGCUUAGAUUGGAAAGGAUUGAAGAAAAUAUGUCAAAAAUGCAAGAAUUAGGUUUGAAGGAUAAGGCCAUGUCACUGGCGAUAGUAAAAAAUAGUAGAGGCAAUUGUAGUAAGCAUAAAAUGAAUAACAUUUCUGCUGAAGAUGGGCUUUAUAGGCCUAACCAAGAUACUGAUAUGGAGCAUGAGCUUGAUUCCUCUGACGAAGAGUUAUUUAUUCCACAUUCUAAAAGUAAUCUCAAGUCGAGGAAUAUUCCAUGGAAGAAACGUCGGCAGAAAGUUGAUUUAGCUUCUUCACAUGGUGGCUCAUCUACAUCGCAGCAACCUGUUGAAACGCUAGGAUCAGAAGUCGAACAUUUAAAUCAGAACAAGAAUGAUAAAGAAAAUGGUGAAAAGGAUAAGCCUAGAAGAGGACCCACUAUGUGCUACAAUGUCCAUGGACGCAGCGAAGAAGAACACUUAGGAAUUACUUUGAAUGAGCAUGGACAACCUGUUGGUCAUCAUGAUGACAAAACAUGCAACGAGUUCACUAGCUUUUUAGGAACAAUAGCUUGAAAACCAAAUAGUCUACCAUUGACUGACAAGAAUUGGCCCAUACUAAGGAAUAAGAAGAAAGAACUAUGGGAUUAUGUCUUGGUGAGUUACUUAGCUUAUUCAAUCAAAUAAAUAUGAUAAAAAUGUUUUACAAUUGCUUAAUUUUUCCUAUUUGGUUAUUGUUACCAUAUUUUGCAUGACGUAGAUGUUGGCUUGAGCACCUAGAGCAUAUAAAGACCUGAAUUAAGCUAGAAAUGAAAUUAUUCUAUGUCUACAAGCUGUGACUACUGGUGGCUUCCUGCUACUGUGGGUGGCUUUCAGCCUGCUGCUGCUGGUGGAUGUCUGCCUGCUGCUGCUGGUGGAUAGUUGCUUGCUGCCAUAUGUUGGCAGGAGGUAGCUGCCUAGCUGUUGCUAUGGCAGGAAGGUGAUGUGCGGCUUUCUACGUGCUAUGAUGAAAGAGGGAAGAAGUAUAGUAGUAAAUGCAUAUUUGCUCAAAGUUAUAAUAUAAAAAAUUAUUAAAUCAUGCUACUACUCAUAAAAUCUUGUAAAGAUUCCAUGUCUGCCAAUCUGAUUUCGUACGUGUUCUAAACCUAUUUGCAUAUACAUUAAUCCCUUAUUAUUAUACCCUUCUGAACAUGCAUGGUUAAGAUCUCUAAACCUUAGAUAUGUUAGGAGAUUAAUCUUAAAGUUAUAGAUUCAUACAAAAUCAGACUAAGUAAGAAAAUUUGAACCAGAUUAAGCCAGGCUAAGAUCAUACCACAUGUUUUUAUUUGUGUUUGCCUAUCUGUGCUUGUUUAGACAUAACAAUUUCUAUGAUAUUAUUUAAUGAUUCAACCACUCAAUAGUAUUAUAAGUGUUAGGGGAAUUUGUCAACUGUAGUGUAGUCUAAUUGUCCUAGUACAUUAAUUUCAAUCGAAUUAAGUUUUCUCAGAAGUCAGAACAUUGUGAUAACCUUAAAUCAUCUCUAAAGUUUUAUAUAAAUAAUACUUAAUAAUGUAACCUUUCUUACUUGAUGAAUGUUUGGUCCAUUAUCAUGUUGAAAUUUUUGUAUACCAUACUUUUUCAUUGUUGCAUAACAUUAUAUUGUUGCAUUAAAGAAGGAAGUUGAAAAGAAGCAUGAUAAGGAGGUUGAAGCUAUGCAAAAGAAUUACGAGGAUAAAAGACAACAAGAUAGAAGGGAAAUGGAAAAUGGUCUUCGCUCCUUCUUUUCUCAACUUCAGCAACAAAAUCCUCAAAUGUCUUUUGAUCUAGACAUGUUUGACUCUUUAUUUUUUGAUAGUAAAUCCGAGAAGGAUGGUAAUUCGACUAAGCUGCUUCAACUUCAUUCUUUAGCUUCUAUAUCUAAGGGAUUGAAUAGUAUGGAAAGUGAGCAAAAAGAAGAUGAAGAAGGCAGCAAGUAAGAAGAAGAACGUGACGUCAUCAAUCAAUUUGAAUUUGCUUUAAGUUGUACAUUGUUAUUCAUCGUUUAGACACAUUUUUUUCUUCAAUUUAUUAGCUAGACUAAAAGUAUGGCUGCAAUAUACUCCAAAAUAGGUUAUUGAGAUGUAUUGGUAUUAAAAACAUGUUGAUAUUGUUUUUUUUUUAUUAUUAUUAUAUUACAAAUGUUACUACUUUGGAAUCA